CCGACUGCUGUUAUCAGGAAAAGACGCUCGCUGAUUCACUGGCGAGUUAAGAUGGCGGCGCCAGAGGAGCCAGAAUUAUCCCAAGCGCAGACGGAAAAACUCCUCCAGUUUCAGGACCUCACUGGUUUGGAAUCCAUGGACCAAUGUCGUCGCACGUUAGAGCAACAUAACUGGAACAUCGAGGCUGCAGUGCAGGACAGACUGAAUGAGCAGGAGGGUGUCCCCAGCGUGUUUAACCCCCCUCCAUCCAGACCACUGCAGGUCAACACAGCUGACCACAGAGUUUAUAGUUACAUUGUCUCCAGGCCUCAGCCCAGGGGCUUGCUAGGAUGGAGUUACUACUUGAUUAUGCUGCCCUUCCGAUUCACCUAUUACACUAUUUUGGACAUAUUCAGAUUUGCGCUGCGGUUCAUCCGGCCAGACCCUCGCGGACGCGUCACCGACCCUGUCGGAGAUGUUGUGUCUUUUAUUCAGAAUUUUGAGGAGACUUACGGUCGGGCGCACCCAGUGUUUUACCAGGGAACAUACAGCCAGGCGCUGAACGAUGCCAAGCGAGAGCUGCGCUUCCUGUUGGUGUACCUUCACGGAGACGACCACCAGGACACGGACCAGUUCUGCCGCUCCACCUUAUGCACAGAAGAAGUCACCACCUUCCUCAACACACGGACUCUCUUCUGGGCCUGCUCCACCAGCCGGCCCGAAGGAUACAGAGUGUCUCAGGCUCUGCGGGAGAACACCUACCCCUUCCUAGCCGUGAUCAUGCUGAAGGACCGCAAGAUGACGGUGGUGGGCCGCCUGGAGGGCCUCAUCCAGCCGGAGGACUUCAUCAACCAGCUGCUCUUCAUCAUGGACGCCAACCAGCCAUACCUGAUGUCGGAGCGGCUGGAACGGGAGGAACGCAGCCAGACCCAGGUGCUGAGGCAGCAGCAGGACGAGGCCUACUUGGCCUCGCUGCGCGCCGACCAGGAGAAGGACCGCAAGAGGCGGGAGGAGCAGGAGCAGAAGAGGCAGGAGGAGGAGAAGGUCCGGCAGAGCGUCCUGGCCGAGGAGAGGAGACGGCGGACGCUAGAGGAAGAGAAGGAGCGCAAGUCUGAAUGUCUACCACCGGAGCCUCCUGCCGACGACCCUGACAGCGUCAAGAUCGUCUUCAAGCUGCCCAACGACUCGCGAGUGGAGCGGCGCUUCCUCUGCGGCCAGUCGCUCACUGUCAUAUACGACUUCCUGUUCUCCUUGAAAGAAAGUCCGGAGAAGUUCCAGAUCAUUACAAACUUUCCUCGCCGAGUGCUGCCCUGCCUCCCCACCGAAGAGCAGCCCAACCCUCCCACGCUAAAGGAGGCGGGACUCAGUCGCACCGAGGUCCUUUUUGUGCAGGACCUCACGGACGAUUAAACGCACAGAGCUCGCUCUGUGUGGGAUCACCUUCCUCUCUGGCCCCUCUCCUCCUCCUCCCCCGCCGUUGUCGCCAGGCCACGCUGCGCACAGGCAUCGCUGAGACUUGAGUCCAACCCUGGAAGAUGAUGAUCCGCCCCAGCAACCUCUCCAUGUUCCCGCAGGGUUCCCACUCGCCCGGAGAGUCUCGGUUUUCUUUAGCUCCUGCCUUGAUCUCCUCUGGGCAGCGAUGGAUGAAGUCGCCACCAGAUGGCAGCACCGCAGUUCAACUGACGACUAACCAGGUCCAGAUCAGUCCGGUUUAUUUAUUCGCACCUGCUGAUGCGGCGUGUGUUUAUUUUGUUUUCUUUUUUUUUAAUUGUUUCAAGAGUUGGACUGAAAAGAUUUAGUCUCUUUUUUUGCCUUAAGUUGAGUCUCUUCCAUGACCAUAA